AUGGCGGACCAGACACUGGGCAUCUCGUUUGCGGCUGCAGAGCCCCUGGAUGACUCGGACUCGGACGAAGGCGUCGUGGCGCAUGUGGCUGACGAGGACGACUCGUCGUCGGACCCGCUGUCGUCCGACGACGACGCUACCGAGUCGGACGACGGCGACGGCGGUGAUGGCCGCGACGGCGACGGGAGCUCAGCAGUGCUCGGCAUCUCGUUCUCGUCGGCCGCUGGUGGCGACGGCGACGGCGACGACGACGGUGGCGACGACGACGACGACGACGGGCUGCCGGACUCGGACGCCGACGAUUCGGACGAGGAGCUGUCGGACGAUUCGUACGACGAGGACGGCCUGGUGCUUGUGCUCAAGUACGGGGCGCACGGGCUGACCGGGCGGCGCAAGACGAUGGAGGACGCGCACUUUGCAGCGGUGCAGGCGUCGCAAAAACUAGAGACGGCCGAGACGCAGGGCGGCCCUGCGGUGGGCUUUUUCUCAGUCUUUGACGGCCACGGCGGCGACGCGUGCGCGCUGUAUCUCUCACAGAACAUGUUCCCCGCAGUGUUGGAGACGAUGCCCGAGCUGGCGAUCCGGACCAAGGAGGUUGACCCGGAGAGCCUCCCGUCGCAGGCCGAGGAGCUGCAGGCGAUGGAGACCAGUCUCCGCGAAGCGUACGCGCUCGCCGAGUCGCGGUUCAUCUCGCUUGCCGAGAGCAAAAACGUUGAUUCAGGUGCGACAGCCGUCUCUGCCCUCAUUCAUGGCAACAAGCUCGUGGUUGCCAACGUUGGCGACUCUGAGGCUGUGCUCUCGCGUGAUGGCAUGCCUGUCAACCUGACAGUCAUCCACAACCCGGCCAAGAACCCGGCCGAGGAGGAGCGAAUUGUGGCUGCCGGCGGGCGGGUGUACAAGAAGCGGGUGGCGCUACCGUCGGUCCCGCCGCACCUGUGCAACAUUGCAGUCUCGCGGGCGUUUGGCGAUAUCCUGUUCAAAAACACGCCUGACGGGACAGCGUCGGGGCUGACGGCGGAUCCGGACGCAGCCACGUGGCUCAUUGAGCCGCAGGAUGAGUUUCUCAUUUUGGCAUGCGAUGGGGUGUGGGACGUGAUGACACACGAGGAGGCUGUCGACGAGGUGUCAUCGAGCCUUGCGGCGUCGCAGUACGACCCGCAGGCUGCUGUUGAGUGCCUGGUCAAGGCGGCGUACGCGCGCGGCUCGACCGACAACAUCACUGCGCUGGUGGUGCUCUUCGAGUUUGUGCCCGAGGAGGACCUUCUUGAGCUGCUGGAGGACGACCCGAGCCCGCCGCUGGCGCUGGAUGUCAACGGCGAGCCCGCGAGUACCGAGUUUGAAGGCAAGGUGAGCGAGCUGCAGGCGCUCGGUAACGGGUUCUCACCGGUCGCGCCGGUCCACCAGACCGGGACUAUCAAGCUUAUGCCGCGGACGGCGGCGGGCCCGUCGACGCCGACCGCAGGCGGAUCGGGCAUUACCUUUGCGGCCACGGGAGCAGGCUCGGACUCUGACGACGGUGUCUCGCCGUUUGGCGUCGACUCGGACGAGUCGGGCUCUGACGACGAGUGGGACGAGAAGGCGCUGUGGCCGGGCAAGCUCGCGGCUUACACCGAAGAGACACCACUCAACGGUGCGCAGCGCAACGUGCCGGGCACCAAGCGCGACGAACUGUUUGCAUGGAAGGCCGCGCCGCUCGAGGAGCAGACCGGCUCGCUUGAAGUCCAGCAGUACCUGCAGCAGCUGAUCCGGAGCGACCCCGCAGACGUGGACAAGAUUGUGGAGACGCCCGAGGGCGUGUCGUCGGUGGUGUGGCAGUACGAGCACCUGCGCCAGCUGACACUCGAGCUCUCGCAUCUGGCAGUCAUGCUGGAAGAGUGCGGGUGCUCGCCCGAGUCGUGCCCCAAGAUGAAGGCGACUCAAGAGUGGAUGUUCCUCUGCGCAGCCCACAAGGAGCCGCAGGAGUGCUCCGCCAUCGACUACAUGUGCCACACGCUCGAGGGCGCCGCCGCGCUGCUCAACUCGCAAAAGUACUUCCCCUCGCGCAUCAACCUCAAGGAGGCCGACGCCAAGCCGAACCUCCAGUCGGUCGCCCGCCGCCUCUAUCGUAUCUGCGCCCACGCCUUCUUUGCCCAUAACGACGCCUUUGAGGAGUUUGAAGCCGAGACGCACACUACCGAGCGCGCCGUCAAGCUCGCUGCCCGCUACAAGCUUGUUGGCCGCAAGAUGCGCAUCAUCCCGCCUGUCGAGGAGUGGUAA